AUGCAAUUCUCGGGUCCUAGUCUUGUUGCUGGUGUUUUCGCCAAGUUCAGAGCUAAUCGAGCCACUCCAGAGACAGGGCCACCGACUGAUGAUUUUUCUGUUCAUCGGCGGACCCGACUCGGCUCGGGCCGCCGUACUGGGGCUGCAAUGCGUACAGUUGUAGGCUCAACUGCUCUAUCACUUCCUGGUGCCACUGAAAGCUGCCAGCCGGUUGCUGCGGCUCUGAUGCUGGCCAACACUUGUAUGAAUUCAAUGUCAGAUACCCUUUCACCGUUCUGA